AUGGAUUAUUGGGUUGCUGGUUUCUUGGUUUUGACGACCGGAAUACUUCUCCGUCCAUGGUUCUGGUUUCGUCUAAGAGAAUCUAAAAAGAAAGAUGGAGGAGAUGAACAAGAAGAGAAGAAGAAGGGAAUGAUUCCAAAGGGGAGCUUAGGCUGGCCGCUGAUCGGAGAAACCCUAAACUUCAUCGCUUGUGGUUAUUCUUCUCAGCCGGUUACCUUCAUGGAAAAACGAAAAUCUUUAUACGGAAAGGUGUUCAAGACGAACAUAAUAGGGACACCAAUCAUAGUAUCAACUGAUGCAGAGGUCAACAAAGUGGUGCUCCAAAACCACGGGAACAUAUUUGUCCCUGCAUACCCUAAAUCAAUCACUGAAUUACUAGGAGAAAACUCUAUUCUCAGCAUCAAUGGACCUCACCAAAAAAGGCUUCACACGCUCAUUAGCGCCUUCCUCAGAUCUCCUCACCUUAAAGACCGGAUCACUCGAGACAUCGAGACCUCAGUUUGUCUCACUUUGGCUUCUUGGGCUCAACUUCCUUUGGUUCAUGUUCAAGAUGAGAUCAAAAAGAUGACGUUCGAGAUAUUAGUUAAAGUGCUGAUGAGCACAGCCCCUGGUGAAGAUUUGGACAUUCUCAAACUUGAGUUCGAAGAAUUUAUCAAGGGUUUGAUUUGUAUCCCCAUCAAAUUCCCUGGAACUAGACUCUAUAAAUCCCUAAAGGCGAAAGAGAGAUUAAUAAAGAUGGUUAAAAAAGUUGUGGAGGAGAGACAAGUGGCGGCGGGGACGACGGCGUCUCCGGCGAAUGACGUGGUAGAUGUGCUUUUAAGAGAUGUUAGUGACGGUGGUGAUUCAGAGAAGCAAUCUCAGCCGUCGGAUUUCGUCAGCGGAAAGAUCGUAGAGAUGAUGAUACCCGGAGAGGAAACAAUGCCAACGGCGAUGACCUUGGCUGUCAAAUUCCUAAGUGACAAUCCCGUCGCCUUAGCCAAACUAGUGGAGGAGAAUAUGGAGAUGAAGAGGCGGAAAUUGGAAUCAGGUGAAGUAUACAGUUGGACUGAUUAUAUGUCUCUCUCUUUUACUCAAAAUGUGAUAAACGAAACGCUGAGAAUGGCUAACAUCAUUAACGGAGUGUGGAGGAAGGCUCUCAAAGAUGUUGAAAUUAAAGGUUACUUGAUACCAAAAGGAUGGGGUGUAUUGGCAUCAUUCAUAGCGGUUCACAUGGAUGAAGACAUUUAUGAGAAUCCCUAUCAAUUCGAUCCGUGGAGAUGGGACAGGAUUAAUGGAUCUGCAAACAGCAGUAUUUGGUUCACACCCUUUGGCGGUGGGCAAAGGCUAUGUCCUGGUUUAGAACUGUCGAAGCUCGAAAUAGCCAUCUUUCUUCACCACCUCGUGACGCGGUACAGUUGGACGGCUGAGGAAGACGAGAUCGUGUCAUUUCCGACGGUGAAAAUGAAGCGGAGGCUCCCCAUCCGAGUGGCUAUGGUUCCCAUCUCAGUUGAAAAUCAUUAA